UUUACGUAAAAGUUUUUUACGCAUGCUUCAAACUAACUGUCAAAGGCAUCUUGCCGAUUGUUAUGACAUCGUCUUGGUGGUGGUUGUUUGUUUUGAUAUCUGGAACACCGCCAAGUGUCAGGGAGUGAAGAAAAUUUCGGACCAAUUUCGCCAAUUAUAGCUUACUCUAAAGCCUUCGUUGGGACCUGCUUCAAGAACUGUUGUUAUAUAGGUGUAGCACCCACCAGCUAUUUACCUGCCCUGUACAAAGAUGUCUUCUCAUCGCAACGAUGAAGUGGCGCUCAGUUAUCACGAGUCGUGUCUUCGCCUGUCGGAUGUGGAUCUGCUGAAAGGUCCGUACUGGCUAAACGAUCAGAUCAUUUCGUUCUACUUCGAGUAUCUCGAGAAGCAAAUUUUUGAAAACGAACACGACCUGCUGUUCGUCAGCCCGGAAGUUACCCAGUGUAUCCGGAUGGUGGCACAAGACGAGGUUGGCAUAUUUCUGGAACCGCUGCGCGCCCAACAUCGAGCGUUUGUGUUUUUCGCGCUAAACGACAACCAGCUGGCGGAUCGGGCCGGUGGUUCACACUGGAGCCUGCUGGUGUUUUCGCGAGCCGAGAAAGCAUUCUACCAUUUCGAUUCUUCCCGCAAUGCCAACGCCGAGUAUGCUCGGCAUCUGGUGACCGUGCUGAAGCGGGCCCUUUACUGUCCGGAUGCACAGCUACGCACCGGGGACUGUCUGCAACAAAGCAACGGAUACGACUGUGGCGUGCAUGUACUGUGUACGGUCGAUGCCGUGGCACAACAAAUACGCAAAAGUGGCAAAAUCGAGGGUGUUCGCAGUGCCCGGUACGAUGUGAUACGGUCCAAACGGGAGGAACUGUUGGGGAUUAUUGUAACCUUAGGCGGCAGGAUUAAGUAGCAGAAAUUACGUUCAAAUUAAAAUUAUUCGUAUGUGAAAAUUGCAUUGCAUUAUACUAUUAAAGGAAUCUUCCAAGUAUGGUUAGAUCUUAGCCGGAAAUCAAUUGUGAAUCGAAACAACUUUUGCGUUUUAACCAUUUAUCGACUCAGCCAAGAGUGGAAAGCAUAAGGGGAAAUAAUAUUUCAUUAUACUUUGUUUGAAAUAUCCAUGUAGGAUCUUGUGUUGCACCUUGUGACAAGUUAUGAUUUAUUCGUGUGUAACAUCCAAUAAUGCUAUAAGCACAGUGCAGUUCAAUUCCGUGCGUUGAAAUUGUGUCUAGUGAUAUUUAACUUAUUUAUUUCAAUCAUUAUUUUUUCUACUAAAGCACAAAUAGUUUUCUAAUAUAAAUAAAUUUGAAAAUACUAA